AUGUCUGACAAACAAUUUCAUGAGGUCUACAAGGGAAACUUUUUGUCGCACUGGGACCGAAUUUCCCAUGCUAACAAGCCAGUCAUUGCAGCCGUCAAUGGAUUCGCCCUAGGUGGAGGCUGCGAAUUAGCCAUGAUGUGUGAUAUUAUCUACGCUGGAGAUAAUGCCAAGUUUGGCCAACCAGAGAUUAAACUUGGUUUGAUUCCGGGUGCCGGAGGAACUCAGCGUCUUAUUAAGGCAAUUGGGAAGUCACGGUCGAUGGAGCUUAUCCUCGGG